UAGUCAGUUUGUGUGGGAAGAAAGAUAUUUACAAGUUAUUUUCCAUUUGGGGAAGUUAAAGACCUUUCUUUUCCAGUCCCUUCUUUUUCUUUCACAUUCAUUCAAAAAAUAAAAAUCUAUUCUCUUGUGGUGCUCCAUUCAUUGCAUGGAACGAAAUGAGAAAGAAGUUGUUGCAAGUGAUAUAGCUGGGAAUGCUGAUCUCCAGGGAAAAGCCUGUGAUUUUCCCUUGAAAUUAGAAGACCACAAUGUUUUUGAAUCACCGAUAAUGUGUGCAUCUUUGAGGAGCGAUUGGCCAGAGAGCUCAACCCAUGGUUGUAUAGGUCCAGGUAGAGUAGAAGAUAGGGAUUCCAGUACUUGUGUCAUUUCUUUGGCAGGGUCUGUACCUCCCAAGACUAAUCCGUGUUCUAUGAAUGAUGUGGGAAAUGUGUUUGAAUUGACGGAGGGAAAUUAUAGGACUCCUAAUCUAUCCUUAGUUAGUAGCCCUUUGAAUAAUCGUCGAGGAAAAUGGCAGCAUCAUUUAUCUGAGUUGCCUAGUGGGUCUAUAUAUAAGGUUUUACAGGGUGUUCAUGAUACCCAAGAAAGCUCUGCAUGUUUAAGGACUAAUGACAAGAGAAUUAUAUCGAGCUGUAAUGUUGAUAUUCCUCUUAACAACUUACCUACUUCUAGCUCUUUUCAGCUAUUGGUAAAAAAAGCCUUGAAGGGAAAAGGAGCUUUGGCCAAAAAUGAAGAUGCUGAAGCUGGAUUUAGCAGUGCCGCAAGAAAGAUUGCUUCUGAUGCAUUGAUGAGAUCAAGUGCCAACAGUAAUAAGCUUUCUUUGCAUUGGAUUGACGGGUCUAGUCCUGAAUCUAUACAUCAUGGGAUCAGCUUGAGAGAAUGGAUGAAACGUGGGCAUUGCAGAAGAGAUAAUGUUGAAAGCCUGCUUAUUUUCAGGCGAAUUGUGGAGUUGGUGGAUUCAGCACACUCUCAAGGAGUUGCCCUGCAAGACCUGAGGCCAUCCUUCUUUAAUUUAUUGCCAUCUAAUAAGAUUGUGUAUACUGGUUCAUCUGCCAAGAGAGAAUCGAAGGCUGCUGUAUUCCAUGAUUUGCUUAGGAAAAGGCCAAUGGAACAAGAUACAGGCACCUAUGGAAGUUUAGUCAGAAAACAGCAAAAGCUUGGUGAGGACUUGAACUCUUUUGGACACCAGUCUCAGUUUGCCUCUAAUGCCAUCAGGACUAUGGCAGAUGAGAUUAGCUCUCGUGCAAAUGGUGCACAAGACUCUGGGAAUGUUGAACUUCAGUCUGAGCGCCAUUCUAAUUACCAAAGUUCAUGUAUGAAAACUAAUCAACGAACUCUUUCUUUAACUGUACAAUUGGAAGAAAAAUGGUAUAGAAGUCCAGAGCAGCUGAAUGGGGGGUUUAGCACAUUUUCAUCAAAUAUCUAUAGCCUGGGAGUUCUUCUUUUUGAGUUGCUCAGCUGGUUUGAAUCACAUGAGAUUCAUUCUAUUGUUAUGUUGGAUUUGCACCAAAGGAUUCUACCAUCAAAUUUUCUUUCAAAAUAUCCAAAGGAAGCUGGCUUUUGUCUUUGGUUUCUUCAUCCUGAACCUUCAGCUCGUCCAACAGCAAGUGAAAUCCUGCAGUCGGAAUUAAUUUGUCAAUCCCAGGAAUGUUGUUCUGGGAAUGAUGUAUCAACAUGUCCUGACAAUAAUGAUGCUGAAUUGGAGCUGUUGCUUCAUUUUCUCAAUCUAUUAAAAGAACAAAAACAGAUGCAUGCCUCCAAGUUAAUUGAACAUAUUGAGUGGUUGGAAGAUGAUAUUAAGGAGGUUGAGAAAGGACAUUUCUCAAGGUUUUCCUCAGUUUUCUCUCAGACAGAUGCAAGAGAACAAGGAUUGCAUCUUGGUGCAAGUUCAGUUGCUAUUUCUGGAUCAUUUUCUGACACCAACAUGAAUGAGGAAAGGUCAAUGAGAAAUGUUAACCAGAUUGAUAAUGCCUAUUUCUCCAUGAGAUCACAAAUCCAUCUUUCUUCCGCAUCAUGCUUUGAUAAAGAUUUUCUCAAGAGUCAAGAUAGGUGGUCUGCAUUUCGUAAUGAGAAGGAGGAGUCAAACAUGAUUCAGAAAUCUGCUGAUCCCCUUGGGGCAUUUUUUGAUGGUUUAUGUAAGUUUGCUCGAUAUAGUAAGUUUGAAGUGUGUGGAUCACUGAAAAAUGGAGAUCUCCUAAGUUCUACAAAUGUACUCUGCUCUUUAAGUUUUGAUCGUGAUGAGGAAUACAUCGCUGCUGCUGGGGCAUCAAAAAAGAUCAAGGUUUUUGAGUUUGGCACACUUUUAAAUGAUUCCAUCGAUAUCCAUUAUCCUGUAGUUGAGAUGUCAAACAAAUCUAAGCUUAGUUGUGUCUGCUGGAACAACCACAUCAAGAACUAUUUGGCUUCAACUGAUUAUGAUGGUGUGAUUCAGAUUUGGGAUGCAGGCACUGGUCAAGGGUUUUCUCAAUAUACAGAUCACCAAAAGAGGGCAUGGUCUGUGGACUUUUCACUAGCUAAUCCUAUGAUGUUUGCCAGUGGAAGUGAUGACUGUUCUGUCAGAUUGUGGAGCAUUAAUGAGAGAGGUUCUAUCGGUACCAUUUGGAAUCCGGCCAAUAUAUGCUGUGUUCAGUUCUCAGCCUCCUCUGCUCAUUUUUUAGCGUUUGGAUCUGCUGACUAUAAGAUCUACUGCUAUGAUCUGCGGCAUACUAGAACCCCUUGGAGCAUAUUAGCUGGCCAUGAAAAAGCUGUUAGCUAUGUGAAAUUUUUAGAUUCAGAAACCCUUGUUUCUGCAUCCACAGACAAUACUCUAAAGCUUUGGGAUCUUGAAAAGACUAGCUCACCUGGGUUGUCCUCCAGUACUUGUCGCCUGACAUUUGGUGGUCACACGAACAAGAAGAAUUUUGUAGGCUUAUCUGCUCUGGAUGGAUAUAUAGCAUGUGGUUCAGAAACUAAUGAGGUUUACUGCUAUUAUCGAUCCUUGCCAAUGCCAAUCACUUCUUAUAAAUUUGGGUAUGUUGAUCCUAUUUCUGGAAACAAGAUUGAUGAUGAUAAUGGACAGUUUGUUUCAAGCGUCUGUUGGAGACAAAAAUCGAACAUGGUUGUCGCUGCGAACUCAAUGGGAAAAAUGAAGGUAUUAAAGAUGGUGUGAGUCGUGGCAAGAGCUUGCCCUCUACAGCACAUUCAUCCAGGAAGGCAGGAAGCAGAACUACUCUUUGAGCAUUUGCUAUUUGGAUGCCAGUCACAAAAAGUUGUCUCAGUUGGGGUGGGAGGACGGUGCAUAAGUGUGACCUUAGUUUAAACACUAAGGAAACAUGUGCUAGUCUUGAGCUCUCUCAUUUGCUGAGGAAAUAUUAUUUCAUAGAUGCUUUCGGCCAACUAUUAAUGACAUGCUGCUUGCAAUAGCUUCACUUCAAUGACAUGAACUAUCUGUUUCAUAGCUAACCAGGCUACUGAGUCGAUGAAGAUCAAAUACCCGUAACUAUUUCAAGGACAGGGAUUCUAAGCUGCAGCCGUUAGAAAAGGAGCAUAUUCCAGCCAAAGCUCUUUUAAACAAUUUAAAGGGAGGCUAAAUUUGGUUAAUAUUUAAACUUUGGAAAGAGAGGAUAUUCGCACAGGCAAUUGGUUAUUAAACUGACAUUUGGAGAUGAAUGUAGAUGCUUGGAACUAUAAAAGAGGCUUAUAUUAUGGAUUGCUCCUCAGAACUGUACAUCUAUAUGGGUGAGGUAUGCAGUCACCUAUUUUUCUAAAGUAACAUAAUUUUUUUUACUAUGGAUUGUAUAUAAGCUAUUAUGGUGAAUUGCAUUGUUUUCUGUAUUUCUAUCAUUAUUAUAUAGAAUUAUGAUCAGCUGUGACUGUCUAUUACUGCAAA